UUUAAUUAUCAGGCUGUUGCGAAGGGAGUCCUCACUGAUACCCUGACAGUAAAAAAUUGAGUGUUUUGGAGAUUGAGACCUACUUUGAGUGCUGGAGCAGCCUGUGAGCCUAACUGGAGUUCGAUGCGAGUCAAACCCACCCAAGACACACACACACACACACACAAACACACACACAUACUGAGAGACGCCCUGAAUGAGCGAACAACUGAGACUCGAUCAGUGAGAUCUCAGCUACACACACACACACACACACAGAUAAUAGAGAGAGAGAAAAAAAAACAGAACACCAUCCGAUUCCUAAACCAGCAACGCGCCUAAAAGUUUCUGCACCAAUUUAACUGAGUUUUGUUACGUCGCCAAUCCUGGUCUGAGGCGAGAAAGAUGAAGGCAGCUGUAGACCAGCCGACCCUGACUAUCAUUAAGACGGAGAAGACUGAUGAUCUGGAAUGUGGAGAUAUACCAUUACUGACACCCAGCAGCAACAAAAUGAUGUCUCAAGCCCUCAAGGCCACAUUUAGCGAAUUCACCAGGGAACAGCAGAGACUGGGAAUCCCAAAAGACCCACGGCAAUGGAUGGAUGAGCACGUGACUCACUGGUUAGUCUGGGCUGUCAAUGAAUUCAGUUUGAAGAAUGUGGAUUUCCACCAGUUCCGAAUGAAUGGGGCCAGUCUGUGUGCCCUGGGCAGGGACAGCUUUCUGGAGCUGGCCCCUGACUUUGUGGGUGACAUCCUGUGGGAACAUCUUGAGCAGCUUCAGAAAGAAUGCCAAGAAGACAUCAAGCCCUAUGUGGUGAAUGGGGUGGUUUCUAGUUACUCCGAGAACAGUCUCUUCUCAACAUAUACCAUGGGAUACGGCAGUGAGCAUGCUCAGUGUGUCCCUCCCUCUGAGUACUCUGACCCAGGAUUUAUUACGGAAUCCUACCAAACUCUUCAUCCUAUCAGCUCGGAGGAGCUGCUGUCUCUAAAAUAUGAGGCGGAUUAUCAGGCUGUGAUCACUCGUGACCCUCCCGUGGACUCACUGCCGACUGAAUAUUACAUCAAACAGGAGGUGGUGUCACCCGACAACAUGUGUGUGGGCCGUAUCAGUCGAGGUAAGCUUGGUGGUCAAGAUUCCUUUGAAAGUGUCGACAGUUUUGACAGCUGUGACCGCUUGACACAAUCAUGGAGCAGCCAGUCCUCUUUCAGCAGCCUCCAGCGGGUGCCCUCUUAUGACGGUUUUGACUCAGAGGAUUACUCCAGCAACCUGCCCAAUCACAAGCCCAAAGGGACAUUCAAGGAUUAUGUCCGAGAACGAACUGACCUAAAUAAGGACAAGCCGGUGAUCCCUGCAGCUGCCCUGGCUGGAUAUACAGGAAGUGGACCCAUCCAGUUGUGGCAGUUUUUGCUGGAGCUUUUGACAGACAAAUCUUGCCAGUCGUUUAUCAGUUGGACGGGUGAUGGCUGGGAGUUUAAACUGGCGGAUCCUGAUGAGGUUGCCAGACGAUGGGGGAAGAGGAAAAAUAAGCCAAAGAUGAACUAUGAGAAGCUGAGCCGAGGCCUGCGUUAUUAUUAUGACAAGAACAUCAUUCACAAAACAGCGGGCAAGCGUUACGUUUACCGGUUUGUUUGUGACCUUCAGAGCCUGCUGGGGUACACACCAGAGGAACUACACGCCAUGCUCGAUGUUAAACCAGAUGCUGACGAAUAAGGAGUACCUGCUUGUGGGACUGGAUUCCAAGCGGUGCUCACACACACAACUUGUAUAUGGUUUGUUUGCUUAAGCUUCGUAGAGAAAGCCGAGAAUCAUCGCUUUGAAGAUAGACAUUUCAAAACAAUGCACAGCUCUACAAGGCAAACAAAACCAGUUUCUUCUUAAAAAAAAAAAUCGUUUUUAUUUGUGUUUUUGGUUUUGUACCCUCUCGUUUUUCCUGCCAUACUAGUGCAACAAACGGACUGUGCAAGGAUUGUGAAGACCUAAAGCAUUGUAGGAUACAGGCACAGACACGCUGCCUGAAAGGAAAAUCAUCGCCAUUGAAGGGCAGUUGCAUGACUGUCUUAGGCAACUUGUCCAUUGGCAGCCUUGGCCACAUUGGUGGACUGAAAUUAAUGUAUUAGGUAGUAUACUAUGUUACUUAUUUGCCAGUAUUUUUCUUUUAAGCUCAUAUCUAAAUUGGUCUCAGUAUUUGCAGUAUUGUGUAGGAACCUUACCAGCUCUGAUCUGAUCAAGUGUUGAAGGUGGGAAGACCACAUCAAGAAUGAUUCAUUAAGAACCUGAAAGGGGGCUGCAAUAGAGUGAAGUACUGAAAAACAUCACAUGAUGUCAAGCCUGUUGGAAUCUGUGUCUUGUCCUUUGUCCAGUGUGACAAUCAGUGUGGUCCAUUACAACAUUUUAUUUUCUUACAUAGACAAUAAUGAACUACAAAGAGACAGGAAAUGAGAUGCUCUGAAGCACUAUGGUUGUUAUCUGAUACUAUGUAACACAACUACAUAUAUAUAUAUAUAUAAAUAUAUC